GACGCUCUAGCCCUAAGCCAGAUAUUCGGUGGCCUGGCCGGGUAGGCUCUGGAGGCCGGGGUCAGGGGCCCAGAACCAGGGGCAUGCGUACCUGGUUAGCCCCCAACAUGGACUCCUGAAGUCCAAAUCUUAUCUGAGUCAGGAUGAGGGAGUGGUGGGUCCAGGUAGGGCUCCUGGCUAUGCCCCUGCUUGCUGCCUACUUACACAUCCCACCCCCCCAGCUCUCCCCUGCCCUGCACUCAUGGAAGACUUCUGGCAAGUUUUUCACCUACAAGGGACUACGCAUAUUCUACCAAGACUCUUUGGGUGUUGUUGGAAGUCCUGAGAUAGUUGUGCUUUUACAUGGCUUUCCAACUUCCAGCUAUGAUUGGUAUAAGAUUUGGGAAGGUCUGACCCUGAGGUUUCAUCGAGUGAUUGCUCUUGAUUUCUUAGGCUUUGGAUUCAGUGACAAACCAAGGCCACAUCACUAUUCCAUAUUUGAGCAAGCCAGCAUUGUGGAGGCGCUUUUGCGGCACCUGGGACUCCAAAACCGCAGGAUCAAUCUAUUGUCUCAUGAUUAUGGCGAUAUUGUUGCUCAGGAACUGCUGUAUAGGUACAAGCAGAAUCGGUCUGGUCGGCUUACCAUAAAGAGUCUCUGUCUGUCGAAUGGAGGUAUCUUUCCCGAGACUCACCGUCCUCUCCUUCUCCAAAAGCUACUCAAAGAUGGAGGCGUGCUCUCACCCAUCCUCACGAGGUUGAUGAACUUCUUUGUUUUCACUCGAGGUCUCACCCCAGUCUUUGGACCAUAUACUCGACCCUCUGAGAGUGAGCUGUGGGACAUGUGGGCAGGCAUCCGCAACAAUGAUGGGAACUUGGUCAUAGACAGCCUCUUACAGUACAUCAAUCAGAGGAAGAAGUUUAGAAGACGCUGGGUUGGAGCUCUUGCCUCUGUAACUAUUCCCAUUCAUUUUAUCUAUGGGCCAAUGGAUCCUAUAAAUCCCUAUCCAGAGUUUUUGGAGCUGUACAGGAAAACGCUGCCGAGGUCCACAGUGUCGAUUCUGGAUGACCACAUUAGCCACUACCCACAGCUAGAGGAUCCCAUGGGCUUCUUGAAUGCAUAUAUGGGCUUCAUCAACUCCUUCUGAGCUGGAAAGAGUAGCUUCCCUGUGUUACCUCCCCCACUUCUGUAUCUGUUGUAUUUUCCACUUAGGAAGAAAUGCCCAAAAGAGGUCCUGGUAAUCAAAUACGGUUCUCUCAAAAGUCCAUUUUACUCACAGUGGUGAACAGAAUCCAGAAAAAAGGUAGCAAAAGCUCUGAGGGUGACAUAUAGUCCACCUCCUAUUCCUUUGACAUCCGAUCAAGUGUAUGGACUUACCUUUGUAUUCUAGGAAAUUCUGGUGAGCACUGCUUCUCACUGACUCAGAAAGACAGGCAUUAGACAUUCUUUUGCAUAAAAGACUUUUUAACACUUCUGUGAACUUUUAUGAAGUAUUUUAAAAUGAUAAUUUCUGGCCUAAUCCCAACUGGAAUCCUGUAGUAAAAGAAUGAGGAGAGGGGUCCUGCUUACUUCUCCUUGGAUGGCUUAAAGGGCAUAUGGGUUUUAAAGUUCUCUAAGUAAUAUAGCGUGAGAGUGAGAAUUAAUCUCCCUUGUCAUAACUUUGGAUUUAAUUUUAUCAGCUGCUUCUAAUUUUAGAUAUUUUGUUAAAAUAGAUAUUGUUUAAUACAGUAUUUUGAGUAUGCUUUUAGGGUAUGAGUUGCCUACACAUUAUAUAUACUUAUAAGGAUACUUAACCAGCAGACCCUUACUCUGCCAGAAUAGUGAACCUUAUUACCAUGUAUAAUUUCUUAAUAAAUUGAGCUAAAUCCAGACUAUUUAUAGACCUUCCUAAAAUGGCAGGACAUGAAGGACCAAUUGGAUCCAUUCUAUUCCAGAGAUUUACUGUUAUUACCUGGAAAGACCCAUUCUAACAGCACAUAACAGUCUGACUUCUCAUACCUCAGUGCUUUAGAAGCAUGUCCCUCCUGAGCCUAAGUGGAGUGGGGGAAGGGGACUAUUGUGUAGUCUAGGUUCCUAUGCUGAAUAUGCACUGACUCUUCUUGUGAUGAUUGCUUAGCUUCCAUUGGCUGUCCCAGCGAGGCUUUCUCAUUGUAGCUCAGCAAUUCCUGUCCUUAAUAGACAGGAAAGUUCCCAGACACUUUUAAGAACAAACUGUGAAAGGCCUAUAAGCAAAUGGUGCUGAAUACUUUUUUAAAGCCACAGUUUCACUGUCUUAGUCAAAGCAGGAUUAGUAAAUGAUCAAACAUUUUUUUAGAAAAUCAGCAACUUCAAGUAUAACAACUUUUAAACUGGAAUAAGUGUUUAUUUUCUAUUAAUAAAAAUGAACUGUGACAAAAGUGGAUUCUGGCUCCCUCCCCAUCCUCUGGGAUAAAAUUUUCCAACAUUAUCUGGAGCUUUCACACAUUAAAUAAAAGAAUGAUGAAGUUAAGCAGCUGAAGUAUAGGAUAGUAUUUGAUUUUCAAGAUUACCCAAAGCUACACUGUCAUACCAAAGCUGACCAAAUGAGAAAAAGAAGGAAAAGCCAAACCAAACCAUGAACACCAAAAUCCAUGCACAAGGAGAGACAUUUGCUUGAUCUGCUGGCUUAGGGCCAAAUAUUUAAUUUGCUUCUCCAAAGUCAUUAAUCUUUAGGAGUGUGAUUCUGGGGAAUUCAUGCCACUAGCCUAAAAGCUCAUUGACAGUGAAGUGUGUCAUCUUGCUCAGUAUGAACUUAU